UGAUGCAGUUAACUGUCAAGCCAAGAUCUAGUUUGAUCAACUCCUGCAAUACACAUGGCUUCCCAGCGGCAAGUGCCACUGCUCACGACAGCGGCUAUCGCCUUCCUAAUAAUCCUACCGUGGCCGUCCUCCGCCGAGGAAUACAGGGUGGGGGGCGUCUUCUCGUGGAGCCUCUUGUACCCUUCCAACUGGACCGACGGCAAGAACUUCACCGUCGGCGACAGCCUAAUGUUCCUGUACCGUGCCGGCAGGCACACGGUGGUGGAGGUGACCGGCGCGGGGUUCAGCGCCUGCAACGCGACGGGGAAGGGGAACCAGCUGGGCUCCUGGAGCUCCGGCCGCGACGCCGUCAGGCUCGACAAGGUUGGGAGGAGGUGGUUCAUCUGUGACGUGGAGGACCACUGCACGCGUGGCAUGAGGCUCCUCGUCACCGUCGCCGAGGACAACGCCACGUCGUCGGCGGCGGCGGCGCCCUCUCUGAACUUUAUUGAUGUUGGCGUCACGGUGGCCGUGCUGGUGAUCGGCGCCUCGGCCGCGCUCAUGUUUUAGCUGGGUCGAUCAUCGACGACGCCCCCGCGAUGGCGUGAUACGACAUCAAGUAUUGACCUGUUGUUUGUUGCUCCUUGACUUAUUAGUUAUGGUUAUCUUUGUACCGGAUUUACUUGUUUGGCUUUGUGGCCAACUUCUUGCUUGGUAACGACGAAGACGGCAUUUCUUUAGGCUCA